CGUUGCUUCGUACAGAGCAGAUUGACUGCUCUAGCCAUGGGCGCUGAGUUGCGGCAGCUGCGGCUGCAACAGAAGCGGCGGUUGGUCCAGGAGCGGAUCCGGGAGUUCCCCGAUUUUCCCACGCCGGGGGUGCUUUUCCGAGAUAUCACCCCCAUCUUAAAGGACCCUGUUGCCUUUGCAGCUGCAAUUGACCUCCUGGAAGCUCACGUCAAGGCCUCACAUCCCCAGGUUGAGUACAUUGCAGGUCUUGAUUCCCGAGGAUUCCUUUUUGGACCAGCUUUGGCACAGAGAUUGGGAGUUGGAUUUGUGCUAAUACGGAAGAAGGGGAAGCUACCAGGUCCCACAGUGUCUGUUGCCUACUCUCUGGAAUAUGGCCAGGCAGAGCUCGAAGUUCAAAACGACGCAGUGAGCCCCGGUCAGAAUGUGCUCUUGAUCGAUGACCUACUUGCCACAGGAGGGACCAUGCAAGCUGCCUGUGAGCUGAUGAAGAAGCUGGGGGCUAAUAUCCUGGAGUGUGUGGUGCUUAUAGAGUUAAAGUCCCUUAAAGGGCAAGAAGCCAUCAAGCCAAACUCCCUCUACUCGCUGCUGCAGUAUGACUGAUACCCAGGAGUGACCGCCUGCCUCAAGCCUUGUUUCAGUUGAGAUGGCCUUGCCGCCUUCCUCUGCCAAACAAUUCCCGGCUUUGCAUUGUUGCCUGCAAGCUUUCUUUUCUUUUUUAUCUUAAAGAGACCCUUGCUCCCAUCAAGUUGCCGUUGUCACCUUGGACUUUGUAAGUGAAGGGCUAAUUAUUUAAGUGCCAUGGGAGAGGCUUUUAUUAUUAUUAAAAGCACCAAAUGAAGCUC